AUGACGGCAAAAUGGGUUGCUGGCAUUUUGAGCGGCAUCAUUUCACUCCUACUCUGUGGGUGUGGCAAGGAUGCAGCGCCUAAGUUCCAGAAGGUCCGUGCCCUUGGAGCUCAGUGCAACAUCGUGACGGGUGCAUCUUGCAACCCACUCCAGAUGCCGCUCCUCACAGGCGACACUUACGACCCCGAUUACCUGAUGGAUGUUCCAGACGAUCAAACCAUCACGGACAACACCGAAAAAGAGGAUGGAGAAAGCUCGGUGAGAUUUGAUACCGACAUUUCUGAGGUGUCUUCUUCCACCGUCCAUGAUCUUGGGCUCGCCGGCAAACUUCCCACCGGCAGCGGGCAUGUCGCACUUUCCGGAGGCGCAGACUUUCGGGACCUUGCCUCGAAAUUGGACAUCUACACCACCCAGAAAUACUUCUCACUCAUCACGCGCCGAUACAUCACACAGACGAAGUCGCUGACACCAGAGGCUAAGACAUCCGUGGGUUCUGCUUUUCGGGAUGCUUUGAAGGGUUUGCCCACAGCACCUCAGAGUGAUGCGGAGUACGCCCAAUGGUUCCAAUUCUUUGAGAAGUUUGGGACGCACUAUGUCAAGUCAGUCUCGUAUGGUGGAGUCAUGCGCAUGUCUGUCUUCGUCAGCUCAACAGUCGAACAGUCCGAAGUCUCCGACAGAAGAACUUGGUCGUUCCUCUUGGGCGCCAUGUUUGACCAGAAGAUCGGGUUGGAUGUUCACUACAAUGGAAGCUUCACAAAAGAGCAGAUGAAAGAGUUUUCGUCUUACACCUCCGAUGUUGUCUUCCAUGCUGUUGGCGGAGACCAGACGAAAAUGAAGUAUCAGGAUUGGCUGGCCACUGUCAAAGCGAAGCCUGCAACGAUCAAGACACAGUUGGGCUCCGUGGAGGAUUUCAUGCCAGACUCUAUCGACUUCAAGAACAUCCUGGAGAAGUACUUCAGCAGCUGUCCCCACACCGAUGCGCUGGGGAUUUGCAAUGGCUAUGGCCUGUGUGACUUUGGCCAGCACUCGUGCAAUUGCAAUGUGCAAGGUGCAUACAAAGAGACAGAUGGCAGCUGCUAUCCGGUCUGCCAGGCUGGUUGCAAUGGCCAUGGAACUUGCUCCAUGGGCAGGUGCAAGUGCUGGCUGAGAAAUGGGAUAGGGUUCACUUCCUUCGAUUGCUCAAAACCGUGCGGCUCGCACAUCUUUGACGCAGGACAGGGCGUCUGGGUGGACAAGGACGGUCGGAAAUUGGGCAAAUCUGACGCAGACCCGACUAGCUCCCCAACGUGUUUCUGCAAACAGACCUUCGACGAGUUUCCUGAGAUCGUCGGCUUGCGAGAUCAACCCGGUGACGUGGUAGGAGACCCCGAUGACACAUAUUUCUGUGACGGAACCAAAGCCUGCUCCAUGCCCUUCUGGCCGUGGGAUAAUUGCUGGGACUACAAGGUAAUCCGGUGCCAGCACGGGGAUAACGAUUGCCCGGCGGAUUCCAAUUAUGAUCCCCUUCCCAACUGGGAGUCGCCGCCAUCUCGCCCACGCCUGAAUGGCACCAUGGAAGCGCAGGUGAUGGUUUGA